AUGUGGCGACGGCGGAGGCGCGGGCGUGGCACGGCGGCCUGCGACUGCGAGCGGCGGAGAUGCGGGAGUGGCGGCGGCAGGCACUGGACGGCGGGCAGCUUCACCGCCUCCUCGCCGACGACGACCAGGCGUUUGAGCAGGAGGACGGCGGUGGGAGGCACACGCGGCAGGUUCGACGACGACGACGACGUCCUCCACCGUCCAGAUUGGGUGAUUGGCUCCGGCGUGCUGGCACUAGCGUGGAGCGUGGCGCAGCUGGGUUGGGUGGCCGGGCCGCUUGCCCUCGCCGGCUUCGCCUGCGUCACCUACUACACCUCCACCCUGCUCGCCAACGCCUACCGCGCGCCGCACCCCGUCACCGGCACCAGGGACCGCACCUACAUGGACGCCGUCAGAUCAUACCUCAGUCCUAGAGAGGUGUUCCGUGUUCAUGUGCGGAAUCUCCCAGUACGUCAACCUGUGGGGCACCAUGGUCGGCUACACAAUCACCGCAACCAUAAGCAUGGUGUGAGUAACCGAACAGAUCACCCCAACUCCCCUCCGAACUGAACUUCGCCAUCGGUCAGGCUACUAAAUUUCGUCUGUUUUUAUUUCCGUUGUGUUGGCCACCGGCGCCCCCUGCGCCGUCCCCCGCCGCGGGCACCGGCCCCGACUUGGACCGUGUCGACAUGAGCGGCGGCGGUGACGGUGGAGGACGUCGUCGUCAUCGACCCCGCCGCCGUCUUCUUGCUCGAACGACUGGUCGCCGUCGGCGAAGAGGCGGUGGAGCUCAGGCCGGGCGCCGCCGCCGCCACUCCCGCGUCUCCGCUGCUCGCAGUGACAUGCCGCCGCGCCACUCCCAUGCCUACGCCGCCCGCCACCGCCGCCGCUCCGGCCCUCGCCGCCCGCCGCAGGAGAGAGGAA